AUGGAUACAACCGGUCGAACAGUGCUAUCGAAGAGUAACGUUGCGAAUGGUUCAGUACCGUUCGAUAAGCAUGAACUCGCGGUGAUUUUGAAAUUCGGUGCUGAGGAAUUGUUCAAAGAGAAAGAAGGCGAAGAGCAAGAACCUGAGGUCGACAUCGACAAUAUUUUACAAGGUGCCGAAACGCGAGAGUGCGAUCAGCAUGUACGUUUUUUCAAUUGA